CGUAGCAGCGCUCUCUUCACGACAACAAACAUGGAGGAGUAUGCCCGUGAACCUUGUCCCUGGAGAAUAGUGGAUGACUGUGGAGGCGCUUUCACCAUGGGUGCCAUUGGGGGAGGGGUGUUCCAGGCGAUCAAGGGCUUUCGUAAUGCCCCUGCAGGUUUCGGACACAGACUGAGAGGAAGCGCAAAUGCAGUGAGAAUAAGAGCUCCUCAGAUUGGAGGUAGCUUUGCUGUAUGGGGAGGGCUCUUCUCCACAAUCGACUGUGGGUUAGUUCGCUUGAGAGGGAAAGAGGAUCCUUGGAACUCCAUAACAAGUGGUGCACUUACUGGGGCCAUUCUGGCAGCACGCAGUGGGCCGUUAACUAUGAUGGGCUCUGCCAUGAUGGGGGGGAUUUUGCUCGCUCUAAUUGAGGGUUUUGGGAUCCUCCUCACCAGAUAUACAGCACAGCAGUUUCAGAACCCUAUUCCCUUUGCAGAAGACCCCAGUGAGUUACCUCCAAAGGAUGGAGGUCAGCAGCAACAGCAUCAGGGGUCAAAAGGGCACUUUCAGUAGAGCAACCAGGACCAGCUGAGGACACCGUGAGUCAGAGAGUAGGGAGGACACCAGACAUUCCAGCACGUAUCAGGAGGACCAGGAUGUGGAGAUACUGGUCUCUACAGUUUAGGUGCACUAUGUACUUAUACCUCAGGGGCUAAAUACUGUGAGUUUAUUUAUUUAUUUUAUUUAUUUAUUUAUUAAUGAGUGAGUGUUUGUGACAAACCUCUUGUUUGCAAGGUCAAGGGUUACUCUUCACUGUGAUGGGUUGAAUAUACAAUUCUUAAAUGUGUAUAUGAAUCAAUUUAGAUUAUUUAACAUUUAAGCAAGAGCAAUAUAUUAAAGGAAUAGUAGACAUUUUGUUAAUUGUAAAUAGUUGCCUUGGUGCAGAGAGUAAGAAGAGAAGUUCAACUGAACAACUAAACAUUUGAUAUUUUAUGCCCUUUGCCGACUGUUUCUUGGCCCGGUGCAGUGACUUGCUGCAGUCUUGAGUUGGCAUCUAUCGCUUCAUGAAAUUCUUAGUAAGGAAGCAAAUGAGUGCAUUUCCCGAAACAAUAAACUAUUCCUUCAGGUGUAGAUUUUACACGUGAAUGCACAGAUUUAGUUUUGUAAUGGUUGCAAGGCAGACCGGUAGAGUAGCAAGACGUCUGAGGUUUCAUCUUGGAGAACGGGUAUUCUGGGAGCAGCGAGUCUGAAGUCUUAAAUUAUGUGUCAGCUGUGACAAUCAAUACAAAGAACAGUGUGUGUGUGUGUGUGUGUGUGUGUGUGUGUGUGUGUGUGUGUGUGUGUUUUUAAAUAAUGUGUGCCUAAGAUGCUCAAGAAAAAUCUAAAGCCACUUUUUGUCCCACAGUUUCUCCUAAUAUGGUCUUGCCGCACCCAGCUUUUGUCAUUUUCGAAUCUUUGUUGAGUAGUUAUUAUCUUAACUAUUAGAAGGAUGAGCACAAAGCGUGAACAAUAUGGACGAGUUCCCUAAAAAUUAUGGCUUGAAUUGCUUAUACAUGCACCCAAAGGCACUUUAAUCCCGGGGCACUUCACUGCAGCCCACUGCUCCUUAAUACCUAAGGAUGGGUCAAAUGCAGAGAAGAAUUUACCCAAUAAAGGGAUCAAUAAAGAAUACAUUAUUAUUAUUAUUAUUAUUAUUAUUAUUAUUAAUAAUAAUAAUAAUAAUAAUAAUCACUGCAUUAUCCAUCAAGAAACCAAGCACUUUUUAAAGUCCAUUCUCUGAGAUGGUUUAGUAUGAUCAUGUAUGUUUUACUGUCAAACUAUGUAUAGAAAGAAUGUUUAUUUGUAUUGUAUUAAUAUAUUCAUCUUGAAA